UUCACUUUAUUUUAUCAUUUUAGGAAACUUCAAAGUUUCACAAAACCUGGUGGCAAUGAACUCUACAGCAUACCCAUCCAGGACGGCUCAAGAUGAUUUUAAAGAUGUUUUCAUUAAAAACUUCAUUGCUAUAUUCUUUGGCAUCAUAAUCAAUUACAUUAAUGGAAGUUUUGUGUUCAUCUUCUCCAGGAGUCCAGUUUUUUACAUGGAAUCAAGGUACAUACUGUACAUUCACCUGGUAAUCAAUGACAUGAUUAUGCUCAGUAUAUCUGUGACAUUAAAUGUCAUGAUAUAUGCUGUGCCACCGGUGAAUGUGUCAGUCUGCUGUGUUCUACUACUUGUGGGAUCUAUGACCCAUAAGAACACUCCCUUGAGUCUGGCUGGAAUGGCAGUUGAACGCUACAUCGCUAUCUGUAAGCCCCUGCGUCACUCACAGAUCUGCACCAUGAGAAGGACCUACAUCCUCAUUAUUCUUAUCUGGACUGUGACAUUUAUGCCUGAACUGGCUGAUACUGUCAUUUUGUUCCUGACUCAACCACUAACUAUUUUCACCUCCAGAAUUUUCUGUUAUCGUUUGUCUAUAUACAAUACAUCUUAUCAUUUGGACAAAGCUGUUGCAGUAAAUGUACUUCUCCUGUCUUUUGUGUGGAUUACACUGAUCUACACCUAUUUCAGAGUUUUUUUCGCUGCUAAAACUGCUACCACUGAUCCAGUUUCUGCUAAGAAGGCUCAGAACACCAUUUUACUGCAUGGUGUACAGCUGCUGUUCUGUAUGAUGUCUUAUAUUGCUCCUUUGUUGGAAUUAAUUCUUCUCCCACUUUUCCCCAAUGAUAGAAGUAAGAUAAUGUUUUCAAAUUAUUUAAUAACAAAUAUCUUACCACGAUUUUUAACUCCAUUUAUAUAUGGGAUUAGAGACCAAAAAUUUGUCUCAUAUUUUAAAAUGUACUUUUCAGUGUGUACUGGAAAGGUUAGACCAGUAAACCUGAAACACUAA